CAUCUGAAAAGUAUAAGAAGGCGCUCGACUUUGCUUUUAAGGAAGCCGUUGAUGAAGAGUCGCGUAAUAAGUUCGAAGAAAUGAAAAAAUCAGUCAAUGAUGCAAAAAUUUUAGAAGAUUGGGAAACAUGGAUGCAGCAGAAAACAGCGAUUUUAGUUCGUCGUGGUGUACGUAAUACCAAUCUUAAUCUUCAUGAGGAGAUAAACGCGUUGUCAUUAAAUAAGGAUGGGUCAUCGGCAAAAAACAUGAAAUCUGAUCCAGAUUCGGACACGAGUGAAGAUCUAGAGGAAGAAGAUCAGGAAGAAGAGGAGUCUGCAGAUGAGAUCGAGAAAUUCUUUAUGGGCAAUGAAAAGAUUCGUAACGAUAUUACCAGCAACGAUAUCGGUAAUAUUAACUUCGUGGAACGUAUGGAAGAACCCAAACUAAUGUCAUUAACCUGUCAACGUCAGUGGGUCCUCCAUAGUGGUGCAAACGUAGGAGAUAAAUUGGCAAGUUACGUCAAGACAAUUCCUGAGAACCAAAAAUGUUUGAACCUCGCAUAUUGGAAUAUACUUGAUUUGACCGAGAAUACCCAAAUAAAAUCUCUUUUCUCGACGAAUGACUGGGAAGAAAUGGUUGAAAGUUUCAAUAAUGAAGUUAAAUUGAUCGAAUCGGAUUUUCUUGAUGUGGUAGAGUAUUUUUUCGAUGAAGUUGAAAAA